UUGGUUCUCUGCGGCGAUCAUUCUUCUCCUGUCCUCAGUCAGCAAAGGGGAGCCGACGACGCGCUUCGCUCUUCUUCUUCGUGUUCUCAUCCAGGACGCAGAAACAAAUCCAAGAAGAAGGAACUCAAGCCUCCAAUCGUUUAUUCUCGGUUGAUGGAAUCAGCAAAGACGCCCGAUUCUAAAUCGUUACUUUCUAUUAUUUCUGCACGCAGUUUGGCUCAUUUCAUACGUUUCUACAUUUCAAGCUCAUCCGCCGAUUCCACCGGAUUUACACCCUCAAUAAAAUCACAUCCUCCAAUAAAUACAGCGAUGAUCACCUGAUGGAACCAGAAUGUGGAUGUUCUUAAGAUACAUGUUAUGGACACUGUCCAUAUUUGGGGGCGUUGCUGUGAUUUUCUUCUCCUACCAUGUACAAAUCAGACAGAAGAUGAGAUCUCAGGAACUUCCCAUUGCCACAGACACCAUUACAGCUCUGGAUCAUCGAACAUUUAUCAUCUCUCCGUAUUAUGAGCCUAGACUUGGCCAAUUAGUCCGGGUCAUCGCUAUCCUCCAUUUGUCCGUGAAAGAACUCUACUGUAUCUUCCGUUGUUCCCCCGAUCAGAACGUCUUUGUCAGGGCACAAAUAGAUUUUCAUAGAGACAACUUUGGGUUCCCGUAUGGAAUGGCGAGUCUCCUUUGUGCAGAACCUUCUGGGUGUGAUUACACUUAUAUGUCUUUCUCUUCCAUAAUUUCCACAAACACAAGUCAGGACCUCCUCUUUAAAGUCAGGAACCGCCAACCACAGACAAUCUCCUCCAAUUUCACCGUCUGUAUCUCUACUUUGUAUGGAAACUACAACAAUGUCCUCCAGAUGAUCCAGAGUAUUGAGAUGUACAAGAUUCUGGGGGCCUCUCGAGUCACUAUCUAUAAAACCAACUGUUCCCGGGAUGUAGAUAAGGUGUUACGUCAUUACAUUGAUGAAGGAACUCUAGAGGUGGUGCCAUGGCCAAUAGACCGCCAUCUUCGGACAUCAAAAAUGUGGAAAUACACACCAGGACUCACUGCUGAGAUUGGAUAUUUUGGACAAAUUACAGCCUUAAAUGAUUGUCUAUACAGGAACAUGUAUAAAAGUAAGUUUGUCCUCCUCAAUGAUCAUGAUGAAAUUAUUCUUCCGAUUAUAGACCGGGACUGGUCUUCACUGAUGGAGAGUCUUCAGAAACAGUUCCCGGACACAAGUGUCUUCCGCUUUGAAGCUCGCGUCUUCCUUACAUCAGACAACAGCUCCAAAUUUGACCUGUGGCCUCAUGUUCCCGGGGUCAAUAUUCUCCGCCAUGCCUUGCCAAAUCGUGUUAACCAGACAAUGCAUAAUCCACGUAAAAUGAUUGUAAACCCCAGGAAGGUGUUUGAGACCUCCGUCCAUUAUGCUCCAAAAUAUGACGGAACUUCUACGAAUGUACCAAACAAUAUGGCCACGACUUUCCACGGUAAAGGUAGCUGGGGGAAAGACGUCGCCAGAGAGGACCAGAUUUGGGAUGACAUACUGCGAAAAUACAAUACGUCCUUAGUGCCAAAGGUGGAUGGAGUGGUUCAGAAACUUUUCCCCCUCCACUAGGACCUCUAUCUAUCCUGUAUAGAACUGGAACUUUUUAUUUUCAAACAGAAUUUUUAGCAAACAAAAUAUUGAUGGAGAGAGGUUACAUGAAAUAAAAAUGGAUGGACAUACUGUAGGUAAA